AUGAAAUUUAUUGAUAUCACUAUAACUGCAGUCACUGCCAUCGCGAGUGUCAAUGCAAUCGCUGUUCCAGAAUCUGACCACGUUUUGCAAGCCAGAUCGAUCCCACAACCAAACGAGUCUCAAGUAUUGCUCGAGCGUCGUUCACCUAGUAGCUAUGGUGGUGUCUGGGGAGGCAACUCUUUUGUCCCAUCAUGGAAUAAUUGGAGUAAUUGGCCUAGUUGGGGUGGUAUGGGUGGUAUGGGUAGCUGGAAUGGUGGCUGGACUAAUGGCUUUACGCAAAGAUGGGGAUGGUAA